AUGUCGGUUCAUUUUGGCCAGGUGCUAGGAUUUGGGGCUCCUGUGGACGGGAAGAAGGACUCGAAGCUUGAGGUAACAGAGUUCCAGAAAAGAAGGGCUGCUAGACGCACGAAUGCCACGUUGUCCAACGGCACGUCUUCUGGCAUUGGAUCUCUGUUCCCGACCGCAAGUCUCACCUCGUCGCUGUCUGCGGGCUUCAACUCGUCGCAGCUGAUGAAAUAUCAGCCAUCCAGCGAGAAAUCGCUCCCGCUGCUGUCCUCGACCGCCCCAUUGAGUCUUGUGGACCAGUGCAUACACAUAGCAAUCGAGAAAGACAACACCACGCCGGCAUUGAGCGAGGUUCUCACUAAAUACGCAAUUGACAGCUACAACUAUAAGACGAGUGAGUCGCUGGGGCCCUUUUCCCGAUUUGAGAAGUCGAACAUUUACAACAUCCCCGACCAGAUCUUCCAAGAGUACAACAGCUUGGACUGCAUUACAAACAUGGGCAUUUUGACAGAACUGCAACGGGCUUGGCUGACAAUCGACAACAAGCUGAUUAUAUGGAACUACAAGGCUGGCUCGCACGAUCCGGACUACUUUACAAUUGACGAGCUGAAGAAUACCAUUCUCACAGUAAAACUGGUCAAGCCGAAGCCUAAGGUUUUUGUGGACAGCGUCAACUACUUGCUGAUUGUGGCCACUUCCAUGGACAUCCAUAUUCUGGCGGUGGAGUAUACGCCGUCGAGUUUGGUCAUAUCUGACACCAAGAUGAGUGUUCCCGCACACGGCCUCGUCGUAAACAAGAUCGUCUCCUUUGACCAGACAAACGACAUUUUCUUCACCGGAAUCGGAGACGGUGAAAACGUGUGGCGCUUGACGUACUCCAAUACCGACGAGUGGUUCCAGCGCAACUGCUACAAGGAGUGUCUCACCAAGUCGGGUCUCUCGUCUGUCGUGCCGAAAUAUAACGUUUUCCAAAAACUCCCGGGACUACGAGGCCAAGAAAACGACCCUAAGACUGAAACCAUCAUCCAGCUAGAGAUUGACUCCACGAGAAAUAUCCUGUAUACACUAUCGUCAAAAUCCACGAUAAGGGCUUUUAGACUGAAGGUCACAGACGGAAAAGUCGAGCUCGGCGCCAGUGUUGUGAAAAGACCACACAACAUCCUCAAAGACCUCGCUACCACGACAUUCAACCUCCAGUCAUCUCUGCUGAAGAAAGACGGGUUCAAAAUUGUGAAUAUCUUCCCGAUCACCAAAAACGAGAGCGACAACUUGUUCCUGGUCGCUGUAACCGAUACCGGUUGCAGACUAUACGUUAAUGGAAGCACAAUAUACGAAAGGCUAGCUUUUACCACGAAUUAUGUGAAAUUCCCGCCUCCAGACUCCAGCUUCCAUGAAAAGCUGGAAUCGCUCAAAGCGAAACAGUUGCACGACCAGAACUUUCUGUCUAACGGAAUUAAGUCAGAAGGUACAAAGUCGAUCACCAAGAAUCCAGUACUGAACGAAAUCACCCCUCAGGAUCUCAAGGCUGCGCAAGAAAACUCCAAACUUUUAAGCAACAUCAAGGAGUCGCUUAUAGUGUCGCCGGGUAUAUUCUUCUGCCAUAGUGAAGAUCAUCUAUACAGCUCUGUCCCGGACUACGGUGUUCUCAAAAAUUCAUUGCAAUAUGUUGAGGAUUUUGAGGAACUUGAUAGAAUACAGUUGAUUCAUUCGAUCGUACCUAUCACUCCGAGCUUUCAUGCUACAAAUACGCCAAAAGGAUACUGCAACCAGUUUGCAUGUCAAUACUUGGCACCUCCAUUGGAAAUUGCCGCUCUUACUCCCACCGGCAUUCACGUUUACCGUUACAGAACGCCGGAUAUGAUAUUAGAAGACUCUCUUAAUGACAAAACAUUUAACGAGUUUUCAAGAAAGUACAGUUCUCGCGAGGCGUGCUCUACUGCAUUGUACUUGGCGUGUAAGUAUAGACAGGGAGACAAUUUCAGAAACAUGGCUACCAAGUUUUAUGUUUCAGGUGGUAAGAACUCUAGCCUCAACAAAAAUCUACCAGCUAUCGUUGACAACGUGGAACUAAGCGAUAGAUUCUAUGCUGUUAUACUUUUGCUUGCGAGAUUGGUGAGAGAAUUUUGGGAUAAGGAGAUUUUCCAGCUUGACUCAAACGUAAAGUUCAACAGGAACGGAUAUAUCGAUGAGGAAUCGUUAAAGAAGCUGAAAAAUGAGAAAGUACUGCUUGCAGGGCUCAGCAUAACCAAACAAGAGCUUGAGUACUUUCUCUGCUCUCUUAUCAUUAUACUGAAUUUCUUUGAAGAAAACAAGAAGACGAUUCCAGGAUUGCUCGGACCCUUGUACGAAACAGGUACAAACAGCAAAGAAACAGAGCUUUGUCUACAGGCGGAGAAUAUUGGAUUCAACGCUGUCCUCAAAUUCCUUGGGAGUGUGAAAGAAGGGCUUUCAUUUUUAGCAAUUCUCUACGAUGACGAAAACACUGGAAAGAACUUUGCAGAUGUGAUGAGCUACCUUACUCUCCAAAGCCAGGCUGAUCUCAGCUGUUUGACGUUCUGCGAAUUUUUCACCUCUACUGACCAAGCAACAUCUAAACUCGUCAAAGAGAUUCUCUCCUCUGUGAUCAACAAGAGCAUUGCAGCUGGUGACUCGGUUGAGCUAGUCGCUACCACCUUGCAAGAGAAAUGCGGUUCCUUCUGCUCAAAUGGAGAUGUUCUGAUAUUCAAAGCCAUUGAGAGUCUGAAAAAGGCCAAAGAUUUUGCAGCUUCCAAUGACAACGAGAACAAAAUGAAGCAUUUAAAAGCUGCGACGCAGUUGUUAAGUCAAACAAGCGACGCUUUGACGUUCGAAACUAUUAACGAUCUUGUUGGCGUUAUGCUUCAGCUUGAUUACUACACCGGAGCAAUCGAGCUGCUCCUCACAAUUGCUUCUGCUAGCGAUCCGACAAAUCUUGCCCUAAAAUAUGAUCUCGAAGGCCAGGUCUCGGUGAUGGUUGAUGAUCCUAAGAAGCUGGCCUUCGAGAGGAGGGUCAAACUUUAUGAGCUCAUUUUCAAGAUCCUGAUUGACGUUGAUGAGAAGGCCAUUGUCAGUCUGGAGCAGGCAGCUAACAACACCAGUUUCACGGACGCCAAGGCGCCAAUUUCGUAUUUUGGGUCUGAUGGGCAGCUAAUGACACACUACUCCGAACUGAGAGACCAGAGCUACGAGAUCUGUCUGAAAAGCCAGGACAAAUUGUUCCACUACGAGUUUUACAAGUGGUUGGUCAAGAUUGGUGUAGGCGAGCGCUUGCUAGACCUGGAGACGUCAUUUGUUUUAGACUUUCUCAAAGACUAUUCUACCAAGGAUAUGGAAAUGGCGAAGCUACUGUGGAUUUACUACUCUCGCAGGGAAAAUUAUUUCCAGGCGGCCAAGGUGCUGUUUGAUCUGUCCAUCUCCAAGUUCGAUAUCGACCUCGCAAACAGGAUCCAGUUCCUGUCGCGAGCCAAUGGAUUCUGCAACUGUGUGUGUCCACCAGACCUGAGACAGGAGAUGACGUUCCUUUCGGUGACCAUUGGCGAUCUGCUUGCCGUGGCCAACUUGCAAGACGAGCUUCUCCUGACUAUUCUCGACGACGAACGUGUUAGCGACGCGGCCAAGCAGGUGGCUGUCAAAAAGCUGAAUGGAAGAGUGCUGCCCAUCAGUGACCUGUACAACAAUUUCAUCGAUCCUCUUGGAUAUUACACGUUGGCCCUCGUGACGUUCAAAAUAUCAGACCACCGUAACUCAGAAGACAUUCUGUCCCAAUGGGAGAAUCUUCUGAACAAAUGGUAUUACAAGAAUAAGGACUCUGGAGAGCCGUUCUUCUCCGAAGUCAACAACGAGUUCAUUGCUGUGGCUUCUCGAGUGUCUGACACCGAGGUUCUCUUCCCGAUCGUGGAGCUGUUCCAAUUAUUAGCAAAGUAUUUCUACUCGCCAGAUUAUUGUCCCAAACAGCUCACGCCGCCUACAGGAGUUCUGAUCGACGCCUUCAUUCGCAGUGGAGUCUCGUAUGGAAAGCUCUACUACAACCUCAGAGACCUGAUAGAAUCGACUACCUUCGAGAUUUUCGAUGGCUACUCCAAAGUGCUUAAACAGGAGAUGUGCUACCUAAUCAAGGAGUGGUUCAAGAACGACAAGAAAUUGCGGGAUGUUCUCUCUUCUGAUUCUGUCAGAGACCUUUCUGACUACUCAGCUGACACCGAUCCUGUCUUUGCAUACAUCAAAUCAACGGGCAAUCCUCUGUGA